AUGACCGAAGAUUUUACAUACUACGUGCUUCUUGCGCUUACAUUGCUGCCUGUUUACUUUACAUUCAGAAUGGUUCCCGAGAAAGUUUUAAACAUCUUUCCGAUUGAGAAUGGAUCUUUCCGAUUGAUUAAAUCAAAGACUGAAGAUGAGAAGACUGAAUAUUGGAGAAGUAAUGUCGAGUGGAAGAAAACAGGAGAUUUUCUCUGUUUUGGUGCGACAGUUUUACUUAUUAGACAUUUAACAAGAGAAUUGUUUGAGGGAUGCAUUCAUAGCUGGGAUUGUGAUAUGGAAGGAAACUUUGCGAUUGUUAUUCAAACUUUUAGAAAGAUACAAAUCGCGGUAAUAUCAGAUCAGAAGGUUGAGACACAACAAGUUGAUCUUAAAAUAAUUCCAUUCAAUGAACAAGUUUUCACUUCGGCUUCAUUUCAUCUCGCUGGAAAUGGAAAUGGAAGAAUUAUCAAUAGCAUGUCAUGUUCAUCGCCUUUAAUCUUCCAUCCUCAUUCUUUAUUUAACAAGUCAGGUUCUCAAAGAAACAUAAGCGACGACUGGGAGAAAGAUCUUCAACUUGUGUCGAUGUAUUUGGACUUUAAAACGGAAGAAAAGAACAAGAAACAUGAAAAAUGUGAAGAUUCCCAAAAUUCUCAUCCAGAAGUCACUCUCCAAGACUACAUUCAAUGUCUCAUCAAAAGUAAACCUCAAAACGUUAUGAACUUUACAGUAGACUUUGUAAGAAAACUAGAACAUGAUGGCAAUGUCCUGGCAUACCAAACAACACCUCAUCGCCAUCAGCAAAUUUAAAAGAAAUUUGUUUUCAAUGCAGGUUUUCUCAAACAUUUUAUUUCUUCUUCUUUUCUUUCAUUAUAUUUUGUAUUUGCACGAAAAUUUUUCAUUUAAAAUCGCUGAACAAUGCAGAAUUGGUGGAUUUUCAAUAAAUUGAAAUUUUAAUAACAUGAACUUUGCAUUAUGUUCUCAAUCUAAAUUUUGUCUAUUUUAUUUCAUUUAUUAUUUGAUGUGGCAUAACAAAUUGAUUUGAUAAUGAGAAAGAAAUUCUGAACAAUUUAAAGUUUCAAUACGUUAAUUAUAGUUCUAAUCUCUGUUAAUUAUGUAAAUACAUAAUUAAUUGUUGCAA